AUGGCUGGUGUUCAGAAUGGCCCUGUCCCUACCACGUUGACUUUGCUUUCCGAGCUACCGAAGUUCGUACCAGGCACCAAGGUCCGCUUUCUUGGGUGGAGUAGUAUCUUUGCAGGAGCUUUUCCGCUAAGUCUUCAAACCCAUAGCAUUACGAAUUAUUCGACAAAAACGGCUACCCUCACACUCGAGCACAACUAUCCACCGGGACAGACCCUGAGAGCUCUUGUCAAUAUAGAUCUUAUAUUGAACACCAUAAAGUCACAUGAGACUCGUACUGGGGAAUGGGUCAACGUGAUGGGUUAUAUUCAAGCGGAGUCCCAGCCAAAACACUCCGUGAUUAAUGAGUCGGGGGUCCCGGUUCAAGCCAUUGUAUUAUGGUCUUCUAGCUCCCUUAAUCUUCAGACUUACGAACGAAGCUUGGAUCAACAGAAAACAAGUAAAUGA